AUGGAUCCCCAAUUGCAAAGCUGCCUUUUUCAUCUUCCGGUCGAAAUACGUCGGCAUAUCUUUUCAUAUAUCGUCGAUCAAGGCGUUCACGUGUACCUGAACAACGGCCGGAUUUGCAUCUCGACAUGCGUUACUCCACAGCCCAGCGACGAUUACUUUUGCUUCGACCGUCGCUCCUCGGGAGAUCCUCCAGGCGAGGUGUGGGCUCGUCGGUUAGACUCACCUUGGGCCUUGCACUGGCGAUGCGAGGAAGUGGCCCUUCGCUUGAAUGCGGACCAGAUCAAUCUCAAGGCAUGUCACGAUGCAACAGGGGCUUUGAUGCAGUCUUGUAGAAGAGUGUACGGAGAGAUUGCCAGUUUGACUGCUGAAAAAUGCGUCUUACACAUCACCGACCUGACUACACUUGAUCAAUUGCUCAACGGAGAUGACAAGUCACCUUCCGGAAGCCUCAUAGACUCCCUUCCCAAAACGUCAUUCAGUCACGUCAGAAAACUCAACCUCACAUUCAGACUGACUCUCCAAGACUACAAGAUGAUUGAGCUACAAGCCAAGCAGCCAAUAUCUUUAGACCACCUCACAAACAAACCUCCUGUCGCCUUAUGGAUGGACAUUUGGGCGGGCAUCGCAAAGCUCAAACACCUCCAAUCACUCCACCUUUACCUCGACCACGACUCCCAAGCAUCAUGGACAUUAGUCAAUGAGGCUGCCAUUCUUACCCCCUUACUUGCCCUCUCCCAAAACCCCAAUCUCCGCACCACCAUUAGCAUUCCCGCGCUACCGCCACAAGACACACAAACCAACACACCCCCUCUUUCUCUAUCCCCUCUCAACAUCAAGAGGUUCACCAGACAGAGGUUCUUCACCGAGCAAAGGCAAGAUGGAACCUACGGGAUAGUGUAUGAAGACGACGCCAAUAGCAUGUUUCACGACCCAGGUCCAUCAGCCGAUGAACUAGCUCGAACUGCUGAGAUGACCAUGCAUGCUUGGCUGCAUGGCAUAGAGCUCGAUUACCUUGCAAUGGAUGAAGAUAUGGGCGGUGGGUGCUAG